UCCCACCUUCCUCUCCCAGGCUGGAUGCUCCAGCCUCCUCUACACACUCCUCCUGUCCUACCCUUAGCUGCUCCAAGAGGAUGGAGACUGAGGAGCCACCUGAGGCCAGGAGAUGCUGCCCCGAGGCCCUGGGGAAGGCCAGGGGAUGCUGUCCUGAGGCCCUGGGCAAGCUUCUGCCCGGCCUCUGCUUCCUUUGCUGCCUGGUGACCUAUGCGCUGGUGGGUGCUGCUCUUUUCUCCGCUGUCGAGGGCCGCCCUGACCCUGAAGCAGAAGAAAACCCUGAGUUGAAGAAGUUCCUGGACGAUCUGUGCAACAUCCUGAAAUGUAACCUGACAGUGGUUGAAGGUAGCAGGAAGAACCUGUGUGCGCAUCUGCAGCAGCUCAAACCCCAGUGGUUCAAGGCUCCAGAGGACUGGUCCUUCCUGAGUGCUCUCUUCUUCUGCUGCACAGUGUUCAGCACAGUGGGUUAUGGCCACAUGUAUCCUGUCACCAGGCUCGGUAAGUUCCUGUGCAUGCUGUAUGCACUCUUUGGAAUCCCUCUAAUGUUCCUGGUCCUCACAGACAUAGGGGACAUCCUGGCCACCAUCUUAUCCAGAGCUUACAGUCGGUUCCAGGCUCUCCUUUGCCUCCCCCAUGAUAUCUCCAAGUGGUGCUCCCUCUCGCUCUGCCGGAAGCAGCCUGACAGUAAACCCGCUGACAAAAUCAUCCCUCAGAUUGUCAUUGAUGGCGAGGAGCUCCUGGACCCGCAGCCCAGCCGGGAGCCCGUGUCUCCGAGCUGCAAUGUAGAGCUGUUUGAGAGAUUAGUUGCCCGAGAGAAACAGAACAAGCUACAACCACCCACGCGGCCCGUGGAGAGGAGCAACUCGUGUCCUGAGCUAGUGCUGGGGCGACUGUCCUGUUCUAUUCUCAGCAAUCUGGAUGAAGUGGGCCAGCAGGUAGAGAGGCUGGACAUCCCUCUUCCCGUCAUCGCCCUGGUCAUCUUUGCGUACAUCUCCUGUGCCGCCGCUAUUCUCCCCUUCUGGGAGACUGAACUAGGCUUCGAGGAUGCUUUCUACUUCUGCUUUGUGACACUGACCACCAUAGGGUUCGGAGACAUCACGCUGGUGCACCCUCAUUUCUUCCUCUUCUUCUCCAUCUACAUCAUUGUGGGGAUGGAGAUCCUGUUCAUCGCCUUCAAACUGAUGCAGAACCGGCUCCUGCACACCUACAAAACCCUCAUGCUGUUUGUUUGCCAAAGGGAAGUUUCGCAACCUUGCUAAAAGGUGAGGGCUCUGGCAUCUCUGUGACGGACAGACGGACUGUCGGACAGACGAGAGCCCCGCAGACCUUCCCCACCAUGUUUUUGUACAGGGUUAGAACCUGGGCCGUGGUAACCUGCCAUCCGAGCUAUUGAGGCUUGGGAAACAACCUACAUGAGGAACAAGUGCAGUGUCGAGGUCCCUCAGAAACCUGGCCACACUGUUAUGAACGACAAGGGAAGGUCAUCUUCAUUGUUCCCAGUCCAAUCAGUGUUCCUGUCUGCCUGAAAGGCACCAUUUUAAAAACAUGAAAGAAACGAUGAUGUCACUGCUCUUUUUGUGACAGGAAGAAAAACAAAAAGACCUUUGUCAUUGGCAUUUGUACUUUGAGGGGAGUUAAAAUCUUCCCAAGUGGUGCCAACCUCCCUUGAUGAGUCGAAGUGAAUCUAGGUAACCCAUUUCCCCGAAUAACUGCAUGGAUGCACUUGACACCUGCCCCAGCCUGGCUGCUGACAUCACUAAUCGGAGUUGUCACCUGAGAGAAGUCUUCAUGGUCGGAUUCUAGUAGAGCACCUGUCUCACUGCUUAGCCCUUGGAUGGUGCCACCUGUGUGAAUUCGACGGUGACACUGUUGUCACAUCAGGGAUGGAUUGGUCCCCCCUGGGUGGAGACACUUGAGAGCUGCCCCUGAGUGGAUGAUAUGGAGUAGAUAAACCACCUGUGUCUUGGCAACUUACUCCCUCUGUGGACUGUCUUUGGCCAGUGAGGUAUGAGCCUAUGCUGGACCAGCUAGAAAUGACAAAGAGGGAGCAGCCUUCAUCCGUGACAAUGGGUGGACAGAUGGCACUGGCUGCCUUGCCUUUCCUAUGCAUUAGCUCUGGGCUAUGAUGUAUAUCCUCCCUUCUUCCCAGCCAGCUUGAGGUGAUCAUUAGCACACUCUGAAAUGGCCUCCCUAGCCUCUGGUCCUUAUUAUCCACCCCCCCCAUCAGGCUCUCUGGGGUCCCCGCCUAUAGAACGUACCCUAACUCACAUCUGUCUCCAAACAGCUUUGAGAGCCAAGGAGAGGACAGUGACAGGUGACAUGGAAACCUGGCUGGCAAGGUUGGGGAAGGAUAUAUGUCCUGUUUCCAUUAUUUGAAGGUUAUUGAAAAUUCCUCAUGGCUGCAUCUUGUUUCCACGAGAUGCUUGCAAGCUCAGAAACCUGAGUCCUGCAAUUAGCAAAAUUAGUUCCUGGGUAAGUGGUGACUGGUGUUACAGAGGGGAGCCACUGAGAAAUGCUGUGAGGUGGUAGUUUGAAAAGAAAGUACCUGGGACUUAGGGGCUCACUGCUAGCUGUUGCCAAAGGCAAUUUCUCAGAAGAGUCUUCAGUUUCUCCUUCUGGAUCCCUCUCCCUCUUCCCUGCAAGGAUUAAAUUCUAAAUUCCUUUGAUCCUUGAAGAUCUACCUCAGGCAAUAGAAUCAAUAAGGUGUGAGCAAGAGCCACUGCAAAGACAAAAGGCAGCAAGGUGAAAUUUCAGGCCAGUGCUUCUGGUUUUGCCAACUGACAUUUCCCAGGCUUUGUUAGUACUGGGAAGGUAUGGGAAAGCCCUGCAAACCCAAAUUCAUUGACGACUGCCCCCUCCAAGGGGCUCUCGAUGGAGCUGUCCAUGGGGCUGGAGGGUACCUAGAAGUUCUACAGAUACCCACCAAACACUGACUGUUUAUCCAGAUUUGCACAAGGAAACCUGAACCAGGUGAAUCCUCAGAGCAUCAGUGAGAUCAUGAGAGG